AUGGGACGGGCGAGAGUAGACCCAGAGCGGGCCCAGAAGGCUGUCGAUGCAGUACGCAGCGGUGAGUCGUUUAGGGUUGCUGCGGACACCUACGGGUUGAACCCGACCUCGCUCCACCGCCGUGUGAAGGAGAAGGUGGCCAUAGAUGCGAGGGUUGGUCCCGGGACUGUCCUAUGCAAGGAGGAGGAAAAUUUCGUCGAAGAUGUGUUGAUCUACGCCUCCCGACACUUCUUGCUGUUGGGUCGGAGGACGCUGAAUGAAGCUGUGCGGAAGAUCUAG